GCGGGACUCUCAGUCCUCCGAGCCCGGGCUGAGGCGCUGGGUGCCGCGGCGAUGCCACCCAGCUGGACGCGCAUCCCCCGGGAGCCUGUCUGGGACUCCCAAAAGGACCGAUGCAAGGUGUACAUACAUGUCUGUUCUUCCUAACUCAGAUCCUAGAGCAGGAAAGCAGUAGGCUUAACAGCAUUGUAAAGUGACUGGGACCCUCCACAGGCACCUGGGGCAUUGAUCAGCCACCUGCAGCCCAGGAAGAAAAGCUGAUUGUGGUAUUAGGACAGAGGACAAGGAGUUUCACCCAAAGGAAGACGUUUUGGAGGAUUUGGAAUCACAGGCAGAAAUGUCAGAAGACUGUGCUGGUGAUAUUUCCCAGGUAUCUGAGCUUGGAGGACUUUGUGAUGACAUAUUAGCCAGAGACUGGGGUGUCCCUGAAGGCAAGAGCCUGGGGCAGUCCACACACCGGGAUGGAGAUUUGAUGUCAGUAACAGUGCUCCUUAAGGGCCCUUUAGGGGAGAAACGUCUGGACUGCAGUGGUGUUGACCAAAGCUUCAAUCUGAGCCCCAGCCAGAUGACACAUCAGGAAGUCCCUACAAAAGAGAAGCUGCAUCCAGAUGACACAUGUGGCCAGAGCUUUCAACACAGUGUGUACCUAAGUGGCCAUGAGGGGCUUCCCAUAGCUGAAAGCCCACUCAUAUGUAAUGGGUGUGGAAAAACCUUCAGUGGCAACCUUGACCUUAUUCAGCAUCAGAUAAACAGCACUGGAGAGAAGUCCUGUGAGUGCAGUGAAUGUGGAACACCCUUCAGUCAGAACUCGGUUGUUAAAAAACCCCAUCGAGCUCACUUGAAUAUGAAAGCCUACCAGGGGCACACAGGCCCUGCUGGGUGUCAGGGUCUCCCCAGCAGUGAGAAGCUGUGUGUGUGUAAUGAAUGUGGGAGAGCCUUCAGCCAGAACGCAAGCCUUAAAAAGCACCAAAAGUCUCACAUGAAUGAGAAGCCCUAUGAAUGCAACGAAUGUGGGAAGGCUUUCAGGCGCAGCUCCAACCUCAUUCAGCAUCAAAGAAUUCAUUCAGGGGAGAAACCAUAUGUGUGUGAGGAAUGUGGUAAGGCCUUCAGGCGGAGCUCAAAUCUCAUUAAACACCACAGGGUUCACACGGGUGAGAAGCCUUUCGAGUGUAAGGAGUGUGGGAAGGCCUUCAGCCAGAGCGCACACCUCAGGAAGCACCAGAGGGUUCACACUGGAGAAAAGCCCUAUGAAUGUAACGAUUGUGGCAAACCCUUCAGUCGUGUCUCCAACCUCAUUAAGCAUCACAGGGUUCACACUGGAGAGAAGCCUUACAAGUGCAGCGACUGUGGGAAAGCCUUUAGUCAGAGUUCCAGCCUUAUUCAGCACCGACGAGUUCACACUGGAGAGAAACCUCACGUGUGCAGCGUGUGUGGAAAAGCUUUCAGUUAUAGCUCAGUGCUCAGGAAGCACCAGAUAAUCCACACAGGAGAGAAGCCGUAUGGAUGUGGUAUCUGUGGAAAGGCCUUCAGCCACAGCUCAGCCCUCAUCCAGCAUCAGGGCGUGCACACUGGCGACAAGCCCUACGAGUGCCGCGAAUGUGGGAAGACCUUUGGUCGCAGCUCCAACCUCAUCCUUCACCAGCGAGUCCACACUGGAGAGAAACCCUAUGAAUGCACUGAGUGUGGAAAGACCUUUAGCCAGAGCUCAACCCUUAUUCAGCACCAGAGGAUUCAUAAUGGGUUGAAACCCCAUGAAUGUAACCAGUGUGGUAAGGCCUUCAACCGAAGCUCCAAUCUCAUUCACCACCAGAAAGUUCACACUGGAGAGAAGCCCUAUACGUGUGUUGAGUGUGGUAAGGGCUUCAGCCAGAGCUCACACCUUAUUCAGCAUCAGAUAAUCCACACUGGUGAGAGGCCGUAUAAAUGCAGUGAGUGUGGGAAGGCCUUCAGUCAGCGUUCAGUUCUGAUCCAACACCAGAGGAUUCACACUGGGGUGAAGCCCUACAACUGCGCUACUUGUGGGAAAGCCUUCAGCCAGCGGUCAAAGCUGAUUAAACACCAGUUGAUUCAUACCAGGGAGUAACUUGUGGGCUAAAAGGAGUAAAACUGAACCAUGGUUCCUUUCUGACACCUAUGGAUCCUUGUUUCAGCCUCUCCCUUCCCAGGCCUGAGGCUCACUCACUGCCCUCCACUCCAUACAAAGCCUGGAGCCCUCCUUGGAAACACUCUUUCCAGACUCCCUCCCCUUCCAUUGCUUUCAGAUCCUGUGACCUCUCGUCUAUGUUUUUUCUGUUUUAUUUUUAUUAUGAGCAGACUGUCACAUUGGUUAGGUGGCAAAGAACAUGAGGGCCACAUAUUCAUGAAUGAAGUUUAUCAUGAUGAUGAAAAUUACCAAAAAGUAAAGUGAUCUUUGAUUGGAGAUAACCACAGUAACUCUUUUGUUAGUCAUGGGAGUGAGUUCUCUGUCAGUGACUGACUCACUCUCUCUCUCUCUCUAUAUAUAUAUAUAUACACAUACAUACACACACACACACACACACACGCAUAUAUACAUACAUAUAUAUACACACACAUAUUUUUUAAUAUGACAUCAAGUGGAGGGAGUUUUCAGGUCUCAUUGCUCUCUUAUUGUCCCCAGAGGUGGUAUGCCAAUUAUUUAUUCUUCUAUCCCUCCCUUUCUGCAACUUGUACCCAGACCCCCACUGCCUUGCUUCCCUGUGCAUACCUGUGGUCAGUUAGUCAUCCUCCUUGCUGCUGUGCUAUGACCCAGGUCCCAGCCUCUGGUUUCUGUGCCUCCAGUGCUGGACCCACAAUGGCAGCUCUCUCUUUGUACCUCCUUUUCCAGUGAGGAAGCUUCCAGGAUCAAUCUUCUCCCAGAUCAGUCUUCAUCACCAGACAUCUUUUAAGCAAGUACCAGGUGCCCUGCCCUAGGGCCCACCUCCUCAGUGUCCCCUAUGCCCUGAAAAGGAGACAGGUUAGGUGCAACAUAGAUGUUACAAGAGAGGCCUCUGAACUCCAGCCAGCAAGUUGCAACAACAGAGUGUCGCAGGACCCAGACAGAAUCUGACCCACCACCUGUCAGUAAAUAAAAGUUCUGUUGGGGUACA